UGCAGGUGUUUCCCCUCAGGAAAAAAAAAACAAGGUGAGACCUGCGACAACAAUCUGCAACUCGGCCUGUCGGUGUCCAACGGUUUGUUAGCUGAGGUUACGAGUGUUUUUAUUUUUUAUUUUUAUUUUCCUUUUCCUUUUCUUUUUUCCCUUCCUCCCUUACUGUGUUACUCUGCACCCAUCCCUUCCCUCGCAAUGGCGGCUGCUCAACAGGCCGUCUCCUUCAAUGAGAUCAUCCAGGCCGGACGUCAGAAGAAGAAACACGAGCAACUUGCAAAUCAGAUUCUGGGGAAGAACAGGCGAACGAGCGUGUUCGGGUCGGGGACCAGUAACAAGACGCAGACCGCCUCUCCUGGGAGUUUGGCAAGCAGGAUCAGUGUGACAAAGCGCGCGGCGUCCACAACGUUCAAACCCAAACAGAAUCAGACACCAUCCACAGCCACACGUCCCCCGGUCUCGUCUCGCCUGAAAGCUCCGACCAAACGUCGUCCACAUGAAGAACGCCUGAUUGCAGCGCUCGACCCUGCCAGUGGGCAGGCAGCAGUGAGGGACAACAGCGUUGGGAUCACCAUCAAGGGUACAGGCUCGGGGCCUUUUGUGGUCGUGGGGAGUAACUUUGCCCCCGGUACUACGGCAGCGGAUAUCCAGUCGGCUCUGGAGCCUGCGAUCGGACAACCGUUCAGUUGCUGGGUGAAAUCCCAUCACCCGACGGUGACGGCCGAAAUGGAAUUUGCAGACAAAUGGGCGGCAGAGAACGUUAUCGCCAACUUUCACCACCAAAUAGUAAGUAUCUUCGCUGCAGACGGAAGACUCCUUACAAUGCGUCUCAAAUCUCGAGGGUCAACUCUCGGUGCCGGAGCGACAUCGCAGUUGGAGCAAUCCCAGUCUUCAUUUAAUGGCCUCCGAGAGCAGGUAGACCGCGAGCGCCGACAAGGUCGUCAGGCCGAGCCAGACUUCCAGGAUGGGCGCUACGGGUUUCCCGAGGUUGGUGGCCAGGCUUCACAAAGAGCCAAUGGCGGUGGGGGUAAUCGUGCAAAUCGGAAAUCUCAGCACCAAGCAUCCGAAGCAGGGCUAUACAGUGAUCAAAUGAUGGUUGAUGCCCCCUCGCAAACAUCGCGCAAUCGCGGCCGGGGACGCCCAAGAAGGGCUCUGGCGCAAAUCGCUCGAAAACAACGAAGCCACUUUCUCUGCAGCUCGGUGCGGCAUGCCUCGACAUUCGACAAGAGAAAAUGGUCGACUCCGCUGGCACGCACGCUGGCUGAUGCCAUCAAUGUGACGGGUCCGAUACCUAUCGCGGCAUUCAUGCGCCAAGUGCUCACCAACCCGGAGGCAGGAUACUAUACGACGAGACCUGAAGAUGGGGGCGAGGUGUUUGGGAAGAAGGGCGACUUUGUCACCUCGCCGGAGAUCUCGCAGGUGUUUGGGGAACUGGUUGGUAUCUGGACAGUUGCAGAGUGGAUUGCACAGGGGCGGACACGCAGCGGCGUGCAGCUGGUAGAAGUUGGACCGGGGAAGGGAACACUAAUGGACGAUAUGCUGCGGACGUUUAGGAACUUCAAGAGCUUUGCGUCGAGCAUCGAAGCCAUAUACCUUGUCGAGGCUAGUGCGGCUCUAAGACAGGUGCAGAAGCAGCGGCUGUGCGGCGAUGCACCGAUGGAAGAAACAGAGAUUGGACAUAGGAGCAUCAGCAAGCAUCUGAAUGUUCCGAUUGUGUGGGUGGAAGACAUCCGGCUUCUGCCUCCGGAGGAAGAGAAGACUCCGUUUAUUUUUGCCCAUGAAUUCUUUGAUGCGCUCCCAAUCCACGCCUUUGAAUCCGUCCCUCCGGCACCUGGGAACGAGGUGCAAGAGCCGCAAAUAGACGAGAUCACGACGCCUACCGGCCGGGUGAAACUGCAUAAGCCCCUGAAGCCAGCAAAUACCUCACAAUGGCGCGAGCUCAUGGUGACUUUGAAUCCGCAGGCUGUCGAGGAGAAUAUCGAGGGAGAACCGGAGUUCAGGCUCACGCUAGCCAAGGCAUCGACCCCGUCGUCGCUGGUCAUCCCGGAGAUCUCCGCGCGGUACAGGGCGCUGAAGUCGCAGGCUGGAUCUACGAUUGAAGUCAGUCCAGAGAGUCGCAUCUACGCUGCUGACUUUGCACGUCGCAUCGGUGGUGCUGCCGCUGCUACUGCUGGAGGUAGUAAAAAGUCAACGACAGCGCCUGUCUGCAAACGAACUCCGUCCGGCGCCGCCCUGAUCAUGGACUACGGGACGCUUUCCACUAUCCCGAUCAAUUCUCUCCGGGGCAUAAGAGAGCACAAGAACGUGCCCCCGCUGUCGGCGCCGGGACAAGUCGACGUCAGUGCAGAUGUGGACUUUACCGCUCUGGCCGAAGCAGCCAUUGAGGCCAGCGAGGGGGUCGAGGUGCACGGGCCCGUCGAGCAGGGGGAUUUCCUGCAGGCGAUGGGGAUCGCGGAGCGGAUGCAGCAGUUACUUAAGGGCGUUGAGGAAGAGGACAAGAGGAAAUCGCUAGAGAGCGGGUGGAAGAGGCUGGUAGAGAAGGGCGGCGGCGGGAUGGGCAGGAUAUAUAAAGUCCUGGCCAUCGUUCCUGAGAAUGGAGGGAAACGAAGGCCUGUUGGCUUUGGUGGGCAUUUGAUUUAA